UCCCUAUGAAGAACAUGAUGUGGCAAUAAGUUGCAAGAAAAAAUGCUUUACUUUUCAAACACUGCUUCAUUCCAACCAUUUUUAUUUUUAUUGAAAGCUCAUGUCUGUUAUUAUGGAGCCUGAUUCACCUUUCCUAAGUAGAGACCAGCGUUUGGCAACCAAAGAAAGAACAUUAAUUCUAUUAAAAUGGAAAAAAAGCAACAACCCGCUCUUCUGAAGUCACUGUUCCCUUUCAAUAAAUUACUUGGUUGCUUGGCACUUGAGGCUUUGUGAAUUGUUAAGCAGCUGGGUUCUCUCUUUUUGGGACUGAUCUGCAUCAAGCUUUUCCCUGUCAAAAUGAGACCGUUUAUUUUUCUACUUAUGUCCUUAUGGUCAGAUAUGUUUCAUUUUCAAACAGCACUGCUUGCUUUUUUAGUAGUUUUGUCUUUUGUACAGAUAUGCUUAUUUAAUGAACCGUUAGGUAAGUUCCUGGAGAUAUACAGAAAUAAUUUCAUUUAUCAGAAAUACAUAGUUAGAUGCAACUAGUCACUUGGUGGUAUGAAAGAACUGCUUCUCUUCCAGGGUGUUCCAGAAGAUUUGUUGUUUUUUUAUAAGCAUCUCCAGAAGGGUGGUGAAGUCCUUCGAGUGAACCAUUGCCUUCUGCUGUACCGUUACCAUCCACAGGCUGCAACUCAUUCUGUCCUUGAGGAAACCAUCUGGAAUCACCGAGUCAAGUUUCUUGAGGAUAGAGUCCUGGGCUCCUGGACAUCAUUCACUAUUUGGAAUGCUGGCAAACAAGGCAAGAAGCUCUACAGAAGUUUGUCACCAGCUAAUCGGAAAAAGGUAUAUUACUAAGGGUCGGUAAAACCU